AUGGAUAUUGGGAAUGAAGCUCAGGGUAUUCAAAGCCUUCUCACUGCAAUGCUUGCCAAGAUCAAUGCCCCAGCUCAAUCAUCCUCCUCUCAGCCUUCUUGUAACAUCACUACUCCCUCACCAGUGUCUCUACUCAAUACAUCACAAGCUUCACAACACAACACAUCCCCUGUGCAGAUCAAUUCACAAAUCCAGACCUCCACUCAGUCAUCUACAGUUGCACCUGCUAUUCCUCCUGGCUUCACCACUCCAGGCUUGCCUUCAUACCCCAUCUCAGCUCAAACACCCUACAUGCCUAUACCUGCCAUGCCUUAUGGUUUCACUCCAUUCCCAUCAUAUCCUGUGUUCAAUGCACCUACUGGUGUGGCUGGCUUUUAUGCUGGUCGAGGUAAUGGCCGUUUUCAUAACAAUGGUGCUAGAAGGAACAUUAAUUUUGGUGGUGGAAGAGGCAAUCAAAUGAACACCAAUGCUGGAGGUGGUGGUUUCAGACCUGCUAGGAAUGCAGGGAAUGCAAGCAACACUCUCACUUGUCAAUGGUGCAACAAGGUUGGUCAUGGGGCCAAAACCUGCAGAAGUCUACCUAAUGCUCAAAAUGCCAACACUUCAAAUACUCAAGGUGGUUGUCAAUACUGUGGAAGACAUGGUCAUACAACAGAUAGGUGCUAUUUCAUUAUUGGUUUUCCUGGUCAACAAAGUGAAACUGAAGAUGCUACUGCAAUGGUUGCUGCCACAAACCUUGCUCCCCAAUUUUGGCUUGCUGACACUGGAGCAACCAAUAAUAUGACUAACAAUCUUCAGAUGCUCAACAAUGUGAUUCCAUAUCCUACCACUGAUGGAGUGCAGAUUGGACAAGGUGCAGUGCAAAAUUUUGUACCAGGGACUGAGUAAACAAGGGCUAUACCCUAUACCAUUUGAUCUGCCUCUUUUCAAUAAGUGUUCUACAACAGAUGUGAAUAAUAAAGGAUCCUCA